GCGCGCUCGUGCUCAGUUAUCACGUGUUCGUGGCACGUUCGGGGCCCGUUCGGCUCGCCGCUGUUGCUCGUUCGGGCCGUCGCGCCAUCAUCAUCAACCGACCGUCAGCAGUCAUCAGCAGCGCCAUCGCAACCUCGCUGGGAGGCUUGUGCGCUCGGUUCGCGGCAUUCGCGCGUCAGUCUCGUGUCGACGGCGAAGAAGCGCGAAGGUCUGUUCGAAACCCUGGGGCCCGUCACGCCAUCCUGUAGACGGCCAACAGCAGCAGCAGGGUCACACACCAUCGAAGGGUGGUAGUAGUGUGUGUUUGCUGUGAACGUGUGUACAACAAACAGUGGAGAUUGUUGCGUUGUGUGUUGAGAGUAAAACCAGUUUAUGCUCUCGCUCGCUCGUUCAGUGUGUGUUCGGUGUGCUGGAAUUUUGUGAGUGUGUGAGUAGGCGUGUGCUCUCUGUCACACUUAUUGCGCGUCGGUGCUUUGACGUCUGCAUUUGGGGUGGUUGAUGGGAAAUUCGUCGCAAUUGUGAAGCGUGUGUUCGAGCGCACGCGUGCCUAUGUGUGUGUGCGUGUGUGUGCGCGCGCGACUGUAUGUCGUUUCUGUGUACAUGCGUGUGUGAGUGAGGGUUGUGUAUAAGGGUAGAUUUCGAAGAGAAAUCACCACACAAGGGUAGAGCGGAUCGGAAGCGCUCUCUCGCCUUCACUCUCUCUUCAUCCCUCGUUGCCUCAUGGUUAAUUCCAGCAAAGCAAUAAUAAUUCCAUUCUGCAUUAAAGUGUAACAAAAUGUGCUCAUAAACAACCGACCGUUUUCAGUACGUGUGUGUUUGUGUCGUUUGGUAUGUGUGUGCUCCGUACGUGAAGUGCAAUUCCACAGCACCAAACACCCCAAGGAAUAAUAAGGAUUACACAAAGCGCAAAAGGAUUACGAAACCACCCGCUCGGAACGUGUGGGCCGGGUUUCAAACCAAACAACAACAAAAAAAAGGCUAAACCCCCUCACGGAAUGACAAGUGCCGCAGCCAUGAUAAGCGGCAACGGUGGUGGCGCAAGAGGGGCUAGUGGUGGUAGUGGCGGCGAGGGUGACACCGCAAUCCGCUCUAGCCUGAAAGAUUCCCGGACGAGCCUGGUGCCGGACGCCGGCAGUGUAGGGCGCAGCAGUACGCGAUCACCCUCGGCCUCGUCCUACUUCCUCCACGUCGCCCGCCCUCCCGAUGGCGGGCAUGAUGAUGCACGAGCCGGAACGCAUCCGGAUGCGCAGUUCGGCUGUGGGUAGCAACCGGCGGCGCGUCAAGGACUUCAACGACAGCAUAACUUGCACCCUCUGCAAUGGCUACCUGGUCGAGGCCACCAGCGUCAACGACUGUUUGCAUUCAUUUUGUCGAUCGUGCAUCGUGAAGUACCUCGAGUGCAACAAGUACUGUCCCCGCUGCAAGUCGUACAACAGCAAACCGAUUACGGUCACUAAUUUAAGGCCGGAUCGAACGCUUAGCGCCCUGGUGUACAAGCUGGUGCCGGGAUUGCACAAAUCCGAAAACCAAAGAAUCGUUCAGUUCUAUGCAUCGAUUUCGAGCAACAUCGUCCCGUCGGAGGAGGAUGAGCCAGCCGGCAGCGGGCAGGGCACAUUCCAGCUGCUCGACGAUCAAAACUUCUUCUCCCCGGACGAACCGAUCAGUCUGUCGCUGGAGUACCAUUAUGAAACGUUGGCGGAGCUCAGCGGGUCCAGUGCACCGCUUCCCAUCACCUAUCUGCAGUGUCCGGCCGCCGUCACUGUGCACCAUCUGUACAAAUUUAUCCUCACAAAGAAUGGGCUACAGGUCGGGUCGGACAACGUGCGGGUGGACAUCAUCUACGAGGAGGAGAUCCUGCCCCACGACUUUACGCUGAUGGAUGUGGCGUACUGUUACGACUACAAGCGGAUAGCACCGAUGCGGUUUUUCUAUCGCAUACUCAUCCACUCGAACGCAAAGUUGGCAGCGGCCGCGAGCGCAUACCAUCGCGUCGAGGGACAGGACAAAAAUAGCACCAAUAGCAGUAACAGCGGUGGCACUAGCACCGGCAAACCCGGCAGCAAGCAGAGCUCCCCAGCGAGCGGCAGCAGUAGCACGCCAACGGUGAAAACUACCCCGGCCACCGAUGGUCAGCGGCCAACCAGCACGAAAAGCAAAGCGGGACAGGAGGCGGGAGGCGGUGGUAGCAAACCGACCCACCCAAGCCGUGCCCCACGGGAUGAAGCGUGCGCUAAUAAUAGUGCGCCGAUGGUCGCCGUUAACGGUCACCAUCAUCACCGUACGAAAUCGUCAACUGCGAAGUCAACGCCGGUUGCGACCUCGAGCGAAGUGAAUCGAAGUGCCACCAAAACACCGGUCCCCGUCACCAGUGCAGCCUCAGCGAGUGGGUUAAAGUUGGUGCUGGUACCACCGAAAGCCAAACCCGACUCGAACGCUGCUGAUGCGAAACGAAGCCCACCACCGCUGAAAGCAAUACAGACCGCAGUGAAUGGUGGGGCCACCGUGAAGCAAUCAGAAAGCAAAUCUAAAGAACCUCCAACCAGCAAAGGAAAGGCAGAUGCAUCGCCGAACCUAGAUGGUGAAAAAUCCUCUCCAAAUUCUACGCUAAAAUGCUACGUGAACCUGAAAACGCAAACCGUUGUUGGACCACCAUCGUCGGACCAGAAUGCCCACCAGAAGCCGGCUGCUUCUGAGAGUGAACCCCAGAAACAACAAGCUCCGGCAGAGAUUCCCCGGUUAAAGAUCGAUUUGAAGGCAAAGCUGACCAUUCCCCGGGAAAAGAAUCCCGGUCUAAGCCCGCCCAGCAGUAGCAGCUCAUCGGCAGCCACAUCUCCCUCAUCCGCAACCUCAGCGACCAGUUCCGCCGGCAAGAGUCCCGUCUGGCCGAUGGGAAAGGAGGAGUACGCGAAAACGAUCGGUUUGAAGCCGGUGUAUGCUUCAACCGUUCCGGAACUGCCGGAAGUGAACGAGUCCGGUUCCCAUUCUUCUUCUCACCGGAAGCGUAAGAAGGGAAAACACUCCAAGGAAGCCGGUGGCAGUGGAAAGCGAAGGAAACUGCAUGCGGAAAUUUCCUCACAGCAUGACGAGAGUCUCAAGAUGAAGGUAAAGCUUACGGAGAAACCACCCAAACACGAACGACUCAAGUCGUCCGGUAAUGAGGAGGAAGUUGUACAACCGAAAUCACCUCCAACUCCAGCAGUGGUUCCGGAACCGGUUCCAAGUCCUCCGGCCCCGACGAAAGUCAUCGAUAUCACCAAGGAUGACGAUGAGGUGAAGUUUGUUAACGAGCAGAAGUUAACGCUAGUGAAGAGUGCUUCGACUGUAACACCGAAAGAGUCUUCGUUAAGUGCUCCAGUGGGUGCUUCUUCCGCCGCCUCAAAGGAUAAGUUAAACGAGAUGCGUAGCGUACGUCACAAGCCGAUGGUGUACAUCCCCAAUCUGGAUCGAAGCCUGUCAGCAGAUUCAACUGGUGUCGGGUCCUCCAUCAACUCGCUGCUGGAGAGUGUCGUAGCGAAGACUCCGUUGUUGAAGCCGACUCCUGCUCUAAUACCUACCUCAACGGCAGCUACUGCUUUGGCUGGAAAAUCACAACCACGCACGCCUAUUCUUUCGCGUCCGAUGCCAUCCUGUCCACCGCUAGCCUACCCCAUGACUAGCUCUCCCGCUACAAGCUCCACCACGGGAUCAAUCCGUACAAUGGCAACUCCCGCACCAAUCAAGCGAUCCAUCAGCACGGACAACAACUCUAAUGGUAAUGCGGCCAAGGUCCCCCGUCUUGAACCUCCUUCGCUGAUGCCUCCAGUGUCCCUGCUGCCCGCCAAACAACCAGCUCCAAUUCAAGCGCCAAUGUUCAACUUUGCCAAAGGAGCUAACCGUGCCAAAGCAGCGCAACAAGCGGCCGGAAUGGUAUCAACCCAACCAGACCACAUUCCGUACCGUUCCCCGAUCAGUGCGUCCUACACGAAGGAAGUUCCGUCGACGAAGAAACCCAUCCCAAAUUUGCUUCUUCCCCCAGCGACCGUCAGCGUAACGAAGAUGUCCGAAAUAGCCACAUCAGCCACGUUAUCACCAGCCCCGGUGCAUGAGCACAGCCGUCCGGCUGUUGAGUUCCUUCGCAUACCAUCAAACGCACCCGUAGCUGAUAAGCCCACCCUGGCACCGUUCACCACGCCCAAGACGAGCACGAAAACUACCCGUCCUCCGCCGGCUACUAUUCCACUGAUCAAGAUCAAAAAGCCUACGGGAUCGAACGGCACCGAGUCGAUGCAGAGUUCCGGGAGUCCUCCGAGUAUGACUCCACUUCCACCUCCGAUUCGCCCCAAGGUGCCUGGUCGAUCCUCAUCCGAUCCAACGGCGGGUAGUACCAACACCAACAUUCUGGACCUAUCCGGUAGCGGGGGAACAGGCGGUCGACGACUGUCCGACGAUGUUAUCAUUCUGGAUCACAGUCCGGUAAAGAGCUCGAGAGUCGUCGAUACUAACCGUGGCAAACCUGCGCCUACCGUUAACUUCUCCUCGGUUAAACGAACUCCGGAGAUGAUGAGCUUCGCACCUCCAACAAGCACAUCCACGCUGCUAUCUCCGUCUCUGGCUCCCGUACAAAAGACGCUUGCUCCACUCCCGAAGCUGACGGAGAUCAAUCGCCAUCGAAGCUUAACAGUGCGGCAACCAAACGCGUCCAUUCGUAGCAUUCCAAAUCCAUCUGCGCUUGCCUUCCGUGGCACUCAGUCAGGUGUGUCAGCGUCCGUUUCAAGCUCUUCGCACACCUCCUCUUCUACCGGUACGUUAAUGGCGGGGUUUCCUGGUUCACCAGCACAGCACACUAACGGUAGCAUGACAGGCAGUAGUAACCGCACCAACGGUAACACCUCCAGCCUAUCGAUGACAUCUUCAUCUGUCAAACCGAGCGUGUCGCUUAGCAACGGAUCGUCUGCAGCAAGAGCAAUGAUGGGAAUCUCCUCGGGCAGUGCUACCGUCAAGAGCCCGCUCGGUAGUGGCGAACCAAAGCCACCGACCGCACACAAUGGAACGAACGGCAGCAACACCACACUCAACAACAACAACAACAACAAUAGUAAAGUCGCCAACGCCAACGCGGGAAUCGCGCACGCGAAGAAAACGAUCGAAAAGGUAGCUGCCGUGCUGAAAGCGGCCGCUACAGCCACCGCCGACACAACAUCGUCCCAGCGAAGCACAACGACAACCGCCACCACCACAUCAACCAGUUCCAGCGGCCCAACGUUUGGGUCGCGCGAUGUGGAAUCCAAAGGAAAGCCACAAAAGGAAGACAAACCAUCCGUCGCCUCACCGGGUGAGGCGUUGUCAGUGGCAACCGGUGUGAAUCGUGUCGCCAACCCAUCCCAUCCCGAUAGCAGCAUCGUUACGAGCGUUACAACAGCAUCCAUUACAAGCGUUACCGGUACGAAUGGAAGCUCACGCAACAGUCCGGCAAGUAUAGUGAACGUUGGGUAAGCGGUUGGGUUAUCUGAUAAGCAAUUGGGGGCUGGGGAAGAGGUUUUAAUUGUAUUUAAUCACAUUAUCCCAGUGUCCGUGCAGGGGUUUACUGUUUCUUAAAACACACGCAGGCAGGUUUAGUUAGUCGCGAGACUUCUUCACAUAGCGUACGAUAUUUAUAGGCUAUUGCAACACUACACUUAUUUCAUCUUAAUCAGUAUCAAUUUGCAUACCAAUAAUCUACCCUUACUGUUCCUUCGUAUCUUAACACACAGUCAACAUAUAUUCUUUACACUUCCGCCGCAAUAUUUCCAUCAAACAGGGCUAUGUAUUAGUGUUGUAGUGCAACAGGAUAUUUAUUUCACGACAGGCAGGCUAGAGGCUCUCUAGAGGCCCUUCUUCAGGUAGACACAAUCCCAUUCGUAUAGAUGUGCGUGUAUCGUCAGGAUUACAUGUCCUAAGCCCUACGGCGUGUACCUAGUUUAUAUAUGUACGUGGAUAAAGAAUUCAUUUAAAAUGAUACCAACGGUACGUGUGCAGCAUUAAGUGUCAUGAAGCUUCUCACAAGAACAAAGGCACGUGGAUGGGGGCUUAUGCAAAAAAUAGGCAACAAUGUGUAGGCGAUAGUUCCAGGACUUUACUUCACAGGAAGGAAACAAAACAACAUGCAUGCCUAGGCACACGGGACUGGGUAAUAGUAGGUGUUUAAUUUUGCCAGAGCAGCUAGCGUUCAGUGGAUGCUGCUGUCUUGCAAACGUGUGUAAAUACGACGUCGUUGCUGGUCUGGAAUCUGGCGAACGCGAAGCAUAAUAAACAACGUAGCCGAAGAGCUUAAGGGUAUCGUAAACGGUGGAGCUGUCUCGAUUUAUGAGGAGUUUCUGUUUUGUUUUGCUCUUUCGCCACAACUUGAGCACUCAUGUGCGGUGAAGCUGAAGAGGAAUAGAGAACCGUUUUGCACUGUAAGAGUGUUUAAUUAACUUUCAUUUAGUAAUCGAUUAUGCAAAAGCAAAAGCAGAAAAAAGUUUUUAAAACUAACGAUCGAAACAAAACAAAAAAACAGCAUGGCAGAGUCAAUAACAUUAAGGUAAAAGAUAAGAGUAGUAAAAGAAAGGUGAGAAAAAAAGAAGAAAGUGUAAAAAGAUAAUCUAAACGGUAAAUGUGUGCAGUAGAAAAAGUAAUGUACAGUAAAACACAACACAAAUCAAAUGAUAUUCAGCGACAAAAAGGGGAAGCUGCAACCACCACUAGUUUGAUGAACUUUGAAGCAAAGCCACACAUCGACCUCCUUUUUGUUGCGUUGCUCCUUCGCUCUUGGCUCUCGCUAUGCUCCGUUAACAUUCAAAAGCCACCAUCAUCACGGCGGCGGCCGUAAGGGCAAUAUACGGCAAGACGCCAAGAAGCGAGGAGAACGCCGAGAUAGAUUGAUAAUUGAAGCAAAUGGAAAAAUUAUUAACCCGACCACCAUCGCUCCAGCCCGACGACGGCGAUCCGGACUUCGAUGAGUGAUGAAUGCCGGUGAAAGAAGGUGGAGGAGGCUGGGGAAGAAAUUUCAUUUAUUGUAUGAUUUCUUCAUGCGCUUUUCAUACCAGCAUGCAGAUGAAUUGUAGGCAAUGCCGGUUCACACACACACACGCGCGCGCACCGAAAAACCUUUCGUUCGCUGGGAAAAGCAAUCACGACGGUUGGAUCGGUUUUAUGCUCGCAGCAUCGCAGCAGGCUGUGUGCCGUUGGGUGGGAACGACGAGGCACAGAAUUAAUGUGACAUGAAGCGAGUUGUUGUUAGUAAGCAACUGCAAAAGGCCAGGCUUGGGAAUCAAUUUUCCCGUACCAUGAUGAUGCAUGAUUUACUGGCAUCAAUUAGAAACAAUGUUUCACUAAUGUGUAUUUACUGUAAAAAGAGCGAGUUUGUCGGGAUGUUAGUUUAGGUACAUUGAACACUUUGUUUAAUUUAUUGCAAAUUAGAUUAAUAAUGGGGGUGGGGAAAAGGAAGAUUUUUUUUGGGGUGUAAACCCAGUGUUUUGAUAAGAACGGUUUUUUGUUGCUUAAUUUAUCUUUCUAAAACACUUUGAAUGUUAAAGAAUUUCUCCAGACAACUGGAUAAAUAAAUUUGAUUUAUUAAACAAUGAUUUGUAUAAAAUGCGAACAACCCGGAGGCUAGUGUGCUGGUGUUUUAGUGCAAUACGUCGCAGUGAACAGUAAAGCCAACAAUGAUGGCUAAACAAAUACAAAACUAAAUGGUCGAACAUAGGCAGGAUAUAAGAUAAUGUGCAACUAAGAAGGAAAAAAUAUUAAAACACUGAUAUUAUGAUAUCCACUCAGGGUAGAUCGAGAAGCGGUUUUUUUCAUGGAAAGCUAGCCAUGGAAAGUUUAAUGAAACAAAAAGGAAGUAGACAAGUUAAACAUGGUAAAAUACAAAGUGACAGUAAAAAGAGAAAGAGAGAGAGAGAGAAGUAGACAAAAGAGGAGGAAAAAAUGAUUGGAAGCAAUUACAAAACGUAGCAAACAAAACUGUAACCAGACAAGCGGACUACGUGCAUACAGUAGUUAAACAUGGAACCAACAACCCCUGCUGUAUGUCCCAGUGUACGUAAACACACACACAGAUGUACAAGGGCUGCACUCCCCAUCUAUCCCUCCCCACAUGUUGUAUGAAUAAUAAACAUCAAAAGGAAACUACAAUAAUCAAUAUUUAAACAUA